AUGGAGCAUCCUGAGGUAAAUUAUUCCUCUAUUCCACGCCAGGAUACAGGUCAAGAAACGGAUAUGAGGCAGGUAAAACGAAACGUUAUAGGCUGGUACAUAUAUUCAUUCUCAAGUGAACCUUACAUCGUUUCUGCAAUUGCAACAUACAUCCCGUUGUUGUUGGAGAACUUCGCUAGAGCUAACGGUGUCAGAGUAGAUAACCAUAGUCAAGUAUGUGUGUCAGCAGACGAUAGAUGUGUGCUACCUAUGUUUGGUAGACGUGUUUUUGUUGAUACGUCUAGUUUUGCGCUAUAUACAUUUGCUGUUGGCGUUUUUGUCCAGACGCUGUUGGUCAUCAGUGUUUCUGGAAUGGUAGAUUUGUGGAAUUCGGUUACAUUUAAGAGAAACGUUGUGCUGUCCUUCGGGUUUGUAGGAGGUCUAAGUACAAGUAUGAUGGCAGUUUUGCGCAAGACGCAGUAUUAUGAACUCGCCCUGCUUUGUAUAAUUUCCAAUAGCUGCUACGGAGUUGUGAAUGUUGUCGGGAAUUCUAUACUACCUACAUUAGUGGCGGACAUGAAUUUGAAGGACGAGGACGGGCCGAUAAGCAAGUCAGCUGACCAAAUGAUCACAUUGAUCAGCGGCCGUGGGAGUGGUUUGGGGUAUCUGGCGGCACUAAUAGUCCAACUAAUAAGUAUCCUAUUGGUCAUGAAAAGUAGCGAUGACAAUAACGUGCAGGUGGCGUUAGCAUUUGUUGGCAUGUGGUGGCUGGCGUUCCAGAUUCCUAUGAUAUGGUUUUUGAGAGAUACCAACUUUACUUCUGUUAAAGAAUCUCAAUUCAAGUUGAGGGAUUCCGGGAGAUACAUUGCAUAUGGAUGGAGGUCACUCUUUGAUGCCAUUAGCCGGGUGCGACUAUUAAGAGAUGUCGUUAUUUUCCUAGUUGGGUGGUUUAUUGUCAGUGACUCGGUAUCUACGAUCAACUCUACGGCGGUGUUAUUUGCAAGGACGGAACUAAUGAUGAAUACCGUGCAACUAAUUGUGGUAAGUAUUCUAACUAUGGUUAACGCUGUUCUUGGGGCGUUUUUAGUGCCGGAACUUUUUUCAAAGAAAUUCAAGUUGUCAUCGCAGUAUAUUUUAAUUGGAAUUAUUUGCUGGACGGCCAUAGUGCCCUUGUAUGGUAUACUAGGUUUUGCAACACCUGUGAUGGGUCUCAAGCACCAAUGGGAAAUGUAUAUCUUAGCAGUAUGGUACGGUGUCGCACUCGGUAGUCUAGGUGCCGUAUCAAGGUCAGUUUUCACGCUAAUUAUUCCAAAAGGCAAGGAGUCCACGUUUUUUAGUUUAUUCAAUGUCACGGACAAAGGUUCUUCUAUUUUGGGACCAAUACUGGUAGGACUCAUAACUGAUCGAACACACAAUAUUAGAUAUUCAUUUUUCCUGUUAUUAGGCUUUUUGAUACUGUCUUUGCCUGUAUUUUACAUUCUAAAUGUAGACCGUGGGAAACUGGAAGCUAGUGAACUAUCUUCAAUUGAUGGGCGUUCUGAGGAAUAA